GCUUCAAUGACCUGUAUAUAUAAACACGGACGCACUUUGAACGAUAUAGGACUUGAAAAUAAAUCCAAAUUCGAUUACAAUAAUGAAAUUGUAUUGUUUAUCAAAUGAACCAACAAAGCCAUGCCUUGUUCUAAGUUUCAAAGGGAUCACUUUGAUGCUGGAUUGUGGAUUAAGUAUGCAAUCUAUUUUACAUUUCAUGCCAUUACCCAUGGUUCCAAGUGCAAAAUUCAAUUCCUUACCUAAUUGGCUUCCACGAGAUAAUCAUCAAGACUGGCAAAUUGAAGGGGAACUAAAAGAAUGUUGUGGAAGAGUAUUCGUUGAUUCAACGCCAGAAUUUUCUCCUCCUCUUGAAAAAAUAGUAGAUUUUUCCGAAAUCGAUGCUAUUCUAAUAUCAAACUAUACUUGCAUGCUUGCAUUACCAUUUGUAACAGAAGGUACUGGUUUUAAAGGGGUAAUUUAUGCUACUGAACCAACAUUACAAAUUGGAAGAUUUUUUAUGGAAGAAUUAGUAGAAUUUAUAGAACAGACACCUAGAGCAACUUUGGCUAAGCAUUGGAAAGAAUUAUUACAUAUAUUACCACCUCCCUUGGCCGAUGCUCUUAAACCAAAAUCCUGGAGGCAUAUAUAUGGUUUGUCAGCUAUAAAUUCUGCUUUGUCAAACAUUCAAUUGGUUGGAUAUGAUCAGAAAUUGAAUAUAUACGGCGCAUUGACAGUUACACCAAUAAGUUCUGGAUAUUGUCUAGGUAGUAGUAAUUGGUUGAUAUCAUGCGAUCACGAAAAAGUUGCAUUUGUAAGCGGUUCGUCGACAUUAACGACUCAUCCAAGACCUAUGGAACAAGCUACAUUGAAGCAUGCUAACAUGUUAAUAUUGACAGGUUUAACUCAAACGCCGACUGCUAAUCCGGACACGAUGCUCGGCGAAUUGUGUAUGACUGUUGCUAUGACACUCAGAUCAGGUGGCUGUGUUUUGAUACCAUGUUAUCCUUCGGGUGUGGUAUAUGAUUUAUUUGAGUGCCUCAGUACUCAUUUGGAUAAGUCUGGAUUCUCUCAAGUUCCUCUUUUUUUUAUCUCCCCUGUAGCAGAAACUUCCUUAGCCUACUCAAAUAUUUUGGCCGAAUGGCUUUCAACAAAUAAGCAAAAUAAAGUCUACCUUCCGGAAGAACCUUUCCCUCAUGCAUUUCUUGUUAAAAAUGCGAGACUCAAACAUUACACUUCUACCUAUGCGGAAGGAUUUAGUUCGGAUUACAGGCAACCUUGUGUUAUAUUUUGCGGUCAUCCUAGUUUAAGAUUUGGAGAUGCUGUACACUUUGUUCAAUUGUGGGGUAGUAAUCCACAACAUACGAUUAUUUUCACAGAGCCUGACUUCUCUUAUUUAGAUGCGCUUGCACCAUUUCAACCAUUGGCAAUGAAAGUAGUUCAUUGUCCAAUAGAUACGUCUCUUAAUUUUACCCAAGCUAAUAAAUUAAUUAGAGAUUUGAAACCAGAAACUUUAGUUAUUCCUGAAUGCUAUACUCAACCGCCAAUAACUGCGAUACAUAGGACAGAUCUUGUUAUUGAACCUGUUGGAGAAAAGCCAUUAAUUACUUUCAAACGGAGUGAAGUUAUAAAAUUACCCUUAAAACGUAAGAAAGGGCGCGUGUUUAUCGAACCUGAACUGGCUGGAAAUAUUGUUUUAAAUGAGAUUAGACCAGGAUUAAGUCUCGCGUCGGUUACUGGUGAAUUAGAAGUGAAAGAUAAUGUAUAUACGAUAAAGAACAUAGAAGAUAGAUCUAAUUGUAAACGUAAAGGAUCACCAGCACCAAUAAAAGAAGAAAUUCUUAAGGAAAGAAAGCACGAAUAUGGUGUAUUGGAUCCUCAAGAAUUGAUUUUAAAACUUAAUCAAGAAGGAAUCUUAGGUGCUAAAUUACAACAUAGUCCGACCUCUACUAGUAUUCAUUUGCAAGACGAGGAUACUUUAAUUCAGAUAGGAGAUAACUCAACUCAUAUCUUUUGCAACGGUGACCAAAAAAUCAGGAGAAGAUUAAGAGCCAUUAUAAUGAAGUGCUUAAAACAAUUUUGAACAUUCGUACAAAAUAAAAUAAAUGAAAGUAAUAUAAUAA